AGAGUCUCUGGUUGUCUCCUUCUUUGCUCCUAUGCGAAGAUAAAGUAUUGCUUUUUAAAGAUAUCAGAUGUUUUAUGUCUCUUAGUUUUGUCAAAUUUUGUUUUCAUUUAUUUUAGCCACUUUAGUUAUUUGUUUUCAGCUCAUUUCAUUUUAAUUUGUAUUUCAAUUAUUUUUUACUUCAUCAGUUAUUUUUAAUCAUAACUGAAUAUGGCGUCUACACCUUUGAAUCUCCCAGAAAUACCUCCCGUUUUAAAACCUUUAUUGGGAAUUCUUAAAUCAGCCGGUGAUCAUGAAAAGGUUGAUCCAAUUGUGACUUAUUGGUGCCGUCUUUAUGCUUUCCAAUUGGGUCUUUCCAUCGAUAAGAAAUCUCCAGAAUGUCUCAAUUUUUUAACCACAAUUAUGGCCUGGUUGGAAAAGGAGAAGCUUGUGCACAAGGAUAAUGAAGCUAUGAGUAACGAGCUCGUGGCUCAGGCACAUAUUGAGAACCAUGCAAUGAAUUUAUUCACUCGAGCUGAUGCAGAAGACAGGUCUUCAAAAGCUGGAAGAAAUACUGUCAAACUUUAUUUCACCGCUUCUCAGUUAUUUGAUACUUUGAAUGUUUUUGGUGAAGUGAGCGAAGAAGUUUCUCAAAAGUCAAAAUAUGCUAAAUGGAGAGCUGCUUAUAUAACUCGUUGUAUCAGAAACGGAGAAACUCCAUUACCACCGGAAGAAGAAGGUGAUGGUGAUGGCAGUAGUAAAGCUUACACUGGAGAAAAUCCUGAUCCAUCUACUCAAAAUAACAGCACAGUUCAAGAUAUAAAACCUAACAAUCUUGACUUUUCUCCUCAAGUUCCUAAUGUUUCUUCAAAUUAUCCGAGUCCAUAUCCUGGCUAUUAUCCUCCACCUGGAACGCCUUCUCAACCUCCAUACACACCUCCAACUCAACCUAUUCCUCCUCAAGGACCAUCGGCAUCUUCAUACGGUUUACCUGGACCUGCACCGACUGCUCAACCUUCAUCCACAGCAACUGGUGCAUCUCGUAAUUUAGAUCCAGAAGCUUUAAUGAAAGCCCAGAAGUAUUGCAAAUAUGCUGGAAGUGCUCUCCAGUUCGAAGAUGUAAACACUGCUGUGAUGAAUUUAGAAAAGGCUUUAGCUUUAUUAAAAACUACUCAGAACUAAACCAGUGUGAAGAACUCGAUAUUUGUAUCCGACUGAUAACGAUUUGUUAACGAUAAAACUGAAUCAGCUUCAAAGAAUCCAAUUUUAUUAGAGAAUUACAUCCAUGGGAACUGUUAAUGAAAAAGAGCAAAAUGAAAUUGAGAAAGCGAAAGAUUGCUGGUUAAAUCUUCAGCUAGCCGACUUGUCAUAAUCGUGAGUUGGAGAAGUUGAUUAAAAAUAUAAGCUUUUACAACCUUAAUUACGCUUCAGUUUUAUUAUAAUUUAUAAUUCGUUUUGUCAGUUAAGAGUUCAGCCACAUUCUUGUAAAUUCAUUGCAAUUGGUAAUCAUUCCACACUAAAGUGUGCAAAAUUCAUUUCCAGCAUUUUAUCGAGCGUCGAGCAUUAAACUGGUUAGCAACAAA